CACGGCGAACACGCAGGUCGGUCUUUCGACGUCUAUCAACAUUGUUACAAUUACAUGAUUCUUAACGGUCAGAAGUAGAUCGAAGGGGCGAUCUGGGGUUCAUAAAUCGGACAGAUCUCGUCGUUAUAGAUCUGACGUAGGAUGAUCAUAUCCUUGGGUCAAAAGUAAAUUUUGCUAUUUCUUUGUACCAUCAAGAUGUCUUCAGCUCAAGAUCCAUUUUAUAUCGUGAAGGAAGAAAUUCAAGAUUCUAUCAAUACUUUGCAGGCUACUUUUCACCAAUGGGAACACAUGCCUGUAGCCAGCGGGGAGCACACCCGACUCACAAAAGAACUCCUUUCCAAUUGUGAGAGCAUUGAAUGGCAGGUGGACGAAUUGGAGAAAGCUAUUUCUGUAGCAGCUAGAGACCCUGCUUUAUAUGGAAUUGAUCAAGCAGAGCUUGAAAGAAGGUUUAAAUGGACAAGAACUGCUCGGACUCAGGUGGGCAAUAUUAAGAAGCCAGUGACUGGCACAGGCUCUUCUUCCCUGAGUGGAAUGCGUCAAGAACUAAUGAGACUGCCAAGCACUCAUCAGCAAGACAAGGCCAACCAUUACGUUGCUAAAGACAACGAUGAUUUUAUUUCUUCAGAAUCUGACCGACAGAUGCUUCUUAUCAGACAACAAGAUGAAGAGCUCGACGAAUUGAGUGCAAGUGUGGAAAGGAUUGGAUCUGUUGGGCUUACCAUACAUGAUGAACUCCAUGCACAGGAGAAACUUAUAGAUGAAUUGGGAUCGGAGAUGGACAGUACAUCCACUCGUCUUGAUUUCGUUCAGAAAAAAGUGGCGGUGGUUAUGAAGAAGGCUAGUGCGAAGGGCCAAAUGAUGAUGAUCUUGUUCUUGAUCGUUCUGUUUAUCAUAUUGUUCGUGUUGGUUUUCUUCACCUAGGCUUAUCGAGGUUAGAAGUUGUUUGGCUGUGAGCUUUAUCAUAGAAGAAUUUUGGUAUCGACAAUAAAAGCACAUUUUUAUC